UUACUCUCUUCUCAGUCGAUCUUGACUCGUCUGAGUUCGAUCUCCUAUCGCACAGAGUUCAUCUCUCUCUCUCUCUCUCUCUUUAAAAUUUUGUCGAUCUUUUUUUUUUUUUUUCUGUUCGUUUUGUUAGUGAAGAUUUGAUUACUUUUUUGUGAAUUUCGAUUUUUAAUUUUUUCCGGAAUAUUUUUAAGAAGGAUUUUAACGGAUAGUGGAGACUGUGUUUUGAAGCCGCUGUUUGGCUAAUGAGAAGUAACCGUGCAAAAAUGUGGAGACCGUCCUUUCGAAUAGCUAAACUGAAAUGACCUGAAUGGUAGUGUAGGGUUUUUUAUUCAUUUAUUUUUAAAAAUAUUCGAGGAUUUAGUUCUUUGAAAUGAGGAUAUUGAUGUUAUUUAGAAAAAUUAUUUCUAGUUCAACAAAAAAAUGUUCGAUUUCUGGUUUUCUUAUUUUGUUUUUUCAGUUUCUGUUUAAUUAAAACCGGAGGAUUAGUAUGUUAAGAUGACCGGCAAUCAAUUACACUGAUUAUUUCUGUUUCUUUGUGCUCUUUUCUUUCAAUUUGAAACGGUUCGUAUAAGUUCCGCUGGUGUAAAUUUAGGUUUCGUUUUAUGGGUGUUAUUUGGAUGAUUUGUUUAGGGAUUGCAGUCUUUUCUUAUCAGGCAAAAUUGCCUUAAUUUCAAUACAGAGAAAAGGUUUCAAGGCCAUAAAGAGCUUUUUUUUUAAAAAAAAAAAAAAACUCACCUAAUUGUAAGACAUGUUAUAUUGUAAUGUUUAUCUUCAUCUUUUUUACGCUUUGGUUAUCAUUUAAUUUGAUAAAAAAAAUGGUGAAAAUCUUAUGAAUGUAACGUACUGUCAUUAUUUGGAAGUGGAAAAUGGCAAAAGUGGGUGGUUUAUAGCCAAAUGUGAUGUUGAGAAUCUUAGCUGGACAUCUUUUCUUGGUGCCAAUUUCAUAGCCUAGACAGCGGAAAAAGUUUAGGUUUUGUGUUCUACAUAUCUGAAGUAUUUUGGGUGUGUAUUGCUGGUAACAUGGGGUGUGGUUCAGCAUCGACUGAAUGUGCACUUGGUGCCUCCUCUUUGCCAUUCUAAGUCUUCCAUCAAUGGUUCAGCAUCAAAUCUUCAAGACAGUAGUGGACGUUCUUUUGCGACAUCUUUCUCCGGUCAGUCUGGUGUGGCCUCCCCUGUUUUCCAUCACACUGGCACUAUUCAGGGCCUGCAUAAUAUUCAUGGUAGCUUUAAUGUUCCCAGCAUGCCUGUUAUCUCAUGGCAGCUCCCAUGGACAUUCAGGAGUAACAAAUAGAGGAGGUAUUAGUGUUGUAGGAAACCCUGGAUUUAGUAGUAACACAAAUGGAGUUGGUGGUUCUAUACCUGGGAUUCUCCCAACCUCUGCUGCAAUUGGUAACCGCAAUGCUGUUCCAGGAUUGGGAGUAUCCCCAAUUUUGGGAAAUGCAGGUCCUAGGAUAACAAGUUCUAUGGGAAACAUGGUUGGUGGUGGCAACAUCGGGAGGAGCAUAAGCGCUGGUGGAGGAUUAUCAGUACCUGGUCUUGUAUCUCGUCUAAAUUUAAGUGCCAAUAGUGGAUCUGGAAGUUUAAGUGUGCAGGGACAGAAUCGGUUGAUGAGUGGUGUGCUUCCUCAAGGAUCUCCUCAGGUAAUUUCAAUGUUAGGCAAUUCUUAUCCUACUGCUGGGGGUCCACUUUCGCAGAGCCAUGUUCAAGCUGUGAACAAUCUUAGCUCCAUGGGAAUGUUGAAUGAUGUGAACUCAAAUGACAAUUCCCCUUUUGACAUAAAUAAUGAUUUCCCUCAGUUGACAAGUCGUCCUAGUUCUGCUGGAGGCCCUCAAGGACAAUUGGGUUCAUUACGAAAACAAGGUCUUAGUCCCAUUGUUCAACAAAACCAAGAGUUCAGCAUUCAAAAUGAAGAUUUCCCUGCAUUACCAGGAUUUAAAGGUGGUAAUGCUGAUUAUGCGAUGGAUUUGCAUCAGAAAGAACAACUUCAUGACAAUACAUUAUCAAUGAUGCAAUCUCAGCACUUCUCUAUGGGAAGAUCUGCAGGAUUUAACUUGGGUGGAUCCUAUUCAUCUCAUCGCCCACAGCAGCAACAGCAACAUGCUCCAUCAGCCAGUAGUAGUGGUGUCUCCUUUUCACCUGUAAACAAUCAAGAACUUCUCCAUUUACAUGGCUCAGAUAUUUUCCCAUCUUCACAUUUGAGCUACCACUCGCAGACCAGUGGACCACCUGGGAUUGGGCUAAGACCUCUAAAUUCCUCAAAUACAGUUUCUGGUAUGGGUUAUGACCAGCUCAUCCAGCAAUACCAGCAACAUCAAAACCAGUCCCAGUUUCGUCUGCAACAGAUAUCAGCUGUCAAUCAGUCAUUUAGGGAACCAGGCAUGAAAUCAAUGCAGGCUGCACAGUCUAAUCCAGAUCCAUUUGGUUUACUUGGUUUGCAGAGUGUAAUAAAGAUGAGUGAUCCUGAUCUCACUUCCCUUGCUCUUGGAAUUGAUCUGACAACACUUGGGUUAAAUUUGAAUUCAUCAGAAAAUCUUCACAAGACUUUUGGUUCUCCCUGGUCUGACGAACCAGCUAAGGGUGACCCAGAGUUCACUGUGCCACAAUGUUAUUAUGCUAAGCAACCACCCACUUUACAUCAAGGUUAUUUUUCAAAGUUCACUGUGGACACAUUGUUCUAUAUAUUUUACAGCAUGCCAAAAGACGAAGCUCAGUUAUAUGCUGCAAAUGAACUUUAUAAUAGAGGCUGGUUUUACCACAAGGAACACCGAUUGUGGUUCAUAAGGGUUCCCAAUGUGGAGCCACUAGUUAAGACAAACACAUAUGAGAGAGGUUCUUAUCACUGUUUUGAUCCGAACUCAUUUGAAACAAUCCGAAAGGAUAAUUUUGUUGUCCAUUACGAGUUGUUGGAAAAGAGACCAGCUUUACCUCAACAUUAACAAGUAUUUUUCUUAUUUACAAUGUAAAGCUUAAGCAUGCAACUCAUUCAUUAGAACGUCUGUUUGCAGCAUGACUGUUUUUGGGAAUAUUUUGCAAUUUUCAGCAUCUCAAUUAAUCUUUUGGCAAUGAGUAGCCAUUGUAGCCUCUUUUCUCCUCUAUAGCAAUUUUAAGAUGAUGAAUAACAAAUCUGAGGCAUGACAGCAGCACCAUCUAUGGCACAUUCUAGCCAGCCAUUCAAGCCUGGGAUUUCAUAACUUGUCUUAACCUGUUGCCUAAUUAAUGAAUGGUAGCGUUGCUAGGGGCCCUCCCAUCCCAACGCCAAUCUAUGGCAUUAUAGACGGCCAUUCGAGCCUGGGAUUUGUGUAUAUGUUUAUAGUUGCAUCUGCUCUGAGUCUAUGGUAGCAGGGAAUGGGGAUCAUAGGGUGUGAAUGAUUGUGAAUGAUUUUUAUUUUUUUGGU